AUGGAGAAAGUCAAGUUAAUUCAGGAGCAGUUGAAAACGGCUCAAAGUCGCCAGAAGUCUUAUACAAAUGUGAGACGUAGGGAUUUAGAGUUUCAAGUUGGUCAAGUGGCUUAUGAGCUUGAGUUGCCGCAAGACUUGGUUGUUGUGCACCCAGUAUUCCAUGUGUCUAUGUUGAGAAAGUGUGUGGGAGACCCCUCGUUGGUUGUCCCGACUGAUAGCAUAACAGUCAAUGAUAGUUUGACUUACGAAGAAGUCCCAGUGAAAAUCCUUGAUCGUCAGGUUCACAAGUUGAGAACGAAAGAAGUUGCUUCAGUGAAAGUCCUUUGGAGAAGUCGAAAAGUUGAAGAAGCUAUGUGGGAAGUAGAAGAGGACAUGGAGUCCAGAUAUCCCCAUCUCUUUGAACAGUCAGCAGAAAAUGUUGAGGGUAAUUUAUCUUCCCAUUUAGAUUUCACUAUGUAG